AUGAUUCGCCGAUCUGUGUGUUUCAGCGCCGGCAUGGAGGCGGCGAAUGGUGCGAUCGAGCACGACUUUCACAACGCCCUGGUGCCUAUAAACGGUAGCCAUUCCGGCAGCUCCGGCAGGAGUACACCGAAUGGCGGUGAUCCGGCACCUGGUAAACUAUUCGUUGGUGGCUUGUCCUGGCAGACCAGCAGCGAGAAGCUCAGGGAGUACUUUGGCAUGUUCGGUACCGUCACCGACGUCCUGAUCAUGAAGGAUCCGGUUACACAGCGUAGUCGCGGCUUCGGCUUCAUCACGUUCGCCGAGCCCGGUAGCGUCGACAAGGUGCUGAAGUGUCCAAUCCACACGUUGGACGGCAAGAAGAUCGACCCGAAACACGCGACGCCCAAGAACCGCGCCAAACAGGCGAACCGCACCAAGAAGAUCUUCGUCGGCGGCGUGAGCCAGGACACGAGCAGCGACGAAGUGAAGGCCUACUUCAACCAGUUCGGCAAGGUGGAGGAGACGGUGAUGCUGAUGGACCAGCAGACGAAGCGGCACCGCGGCUUCGGGUUCGUCACGUUCGAGAACGAGGACGUAGUGGACCGCGUGUGCGAGAUCCACUUCCACACCAUCAAGAACAAGAAGGUCGAGUGCAAGAAGGCACAGCCGAAGGAGGCGGUGCAGCCGGGCGCGUUGACCCUCGGCAAGAGGGUGGUGUUGGGAGCGCUUGGCGUCCGACUGGCGCCACAGCCGCCUCUGCCGGUCGCCGCGGCCUCGCAGAUCGUCGCGGCCCAGGCACAGGCCCAAGUGCAAGCCGCCGCGGCCGCCGCCGCCGCCGCCCAGGUGCAGAACGCUGUCGCCGGUUACGGGAAGCUGUUCGCCGCCAGCAGUUACCCGGCCCUCUCCGCCUACCGAUACGCGCCGUACCCGAUCCCGACGGCGGCGGUGGCCGCGGCCGCGGCUGCGGCCGCAGCAGCACCGGCCCCGGCUCCGGCCCCGCCGGCGGCCGCCGCCGCCGCAGCCGCUGCCGCCGCGGCCACCACCCCCGCGGCGGCUGCCGCGGCCGCGGCUGCGCCCGCCAACCCCUACCAGGGAUACUCGCUCACCAACGUCGACAUGUCCAGCUUCCAGGGCGUCGACUGGGGCUCCAUGUACGGAAUGGGCAUGUACGUUUAA